AUGUGUUUCCUUGUUGUGUCGCUUUCUGUGCAAAUUGAUGUGAUGAAUUACUGUGUUGAUAGUUGUUGUUUGGGAGAUGCGGAUCCAAAGGUAGCUGACCGCUGGAUCCGUGGGUUGGAGAAGAUCUUUUCUUUUCUGGGAUGUCCUCCAGAGAGGAGGUUAGCCUAUGCUGUAUAUAUGCUUGUGGGAGAGGCCGAGCAUUGGUGGGGAAGCGCCUAUCAGAUGCUUACUUCCAGAGGAGUUGCAGUUGACUGGGGGUGUUUCAGGACGGUAUUCAUGGAGAAGUACUUUUCGGAGAGUAUAAGGCACGCCAAGGAGGCUGAGUUCCUGCGGUUACACCAGGGUGGGUUGACUGUAUCGGAGUAUGCGAUGAGGUUCGAGCACUUGACUCGUUUUUACUCACAGACUAUUUCGGAAGCUUGGAAGUGCAGAAAGUUUGCAGAGGGUCUGAAGUAUGAGCUGAAGAAGGUGGUGGUGCCAAUGGCCAUCACCGAGUUUCCCGCCUUGGUAGAAAAGGCAAAGAUUGUGGAGAGGUUAGAAGGGGGUAACCAUGUGAUUAGGGCUACCGAGAGACCAGCUGAGCCUAGGAGAGGAGGCGGAAGUCAGAGGAAGCCCUAUGAUAGGCCUCAAUCACAGCAAGGGGGUCCCGUCAGUAGACAAUCUUCCAGUACUGCUAGUGGAGGUAGACAGAGCGGAGGUGUCACUCUGAGAUGUUACAGGUGUGGUGGAUCCCACCUGAUCAGGGAUUGUCCCCACACAGAGAGCAGAUGUUACAGAUGCCAGCAGAUGGGCCACUUAUCGUUCAACUGUCCCACCAAGAGUAGACCGGAAGGGAGUACACCGAGGAGAGAUGCGCAGAAAGCCGAUACUCAGAGGAGUAGUGUGCAGAGGACUGAGACUCAGAGGGGUGACCGACCCACUACAGCUGGCAGGGUGUUCGCUUUGACUGUGCCUGUGUCUGAUUUGGGGUUGAGACUGCUAGUGUCGACGCCCGCUUCUGCUUCAGUAGUCACUUCUGAGCUGUGUGCUGGCUGCCCCAUUGUUGUGAAUGGGAAGAAAUUGUGCCAAUAG